AGUCAAUCAUAGUCAGCCACCAUGGAUAAUCAGCACGGCGAAUUGGCCACCUCCCUCGAGAGCGGACCCCUAAUUCAGUCACACGCACUCAUCGAACACAAAGAAUGCUUCGUGCCCGCCGACACUGCCCAAUGCCACGCAUCCAACCUCUUGGUGCUGAUCAAUGGCGACAUUCUCUGUGCAUGGUUUGGCGGGAGCCAGGAGGGCAAGCCUGACAUCAGCAUUUACCUGGCGCGGCUGCCAGCCAACUCGUCCACUUGGACUAAAGCGGAAAAGGCGACUUUUGACACGUCCAGGAGCGAACAGAACCCAGUGCUGUUUGAGACGCCCAAUGGCGAGAUCUGGUUAAUGUUCACCUCACAACACGCCGGCGACCAAGACUCGGCAGUGGUCAAGCAUCAGAUCUCGCGUGACGGCGGGGUAUCGUGGACCCAGCCAACGGUGCUCUUCCGCGAACCAGGCACUUUCAUCAGGCAGCCCAUGGUCGUGCUCGAUGAUGGCUCCUGGGCCAUCCCCACAUUCAAGUGCCGUGCCGAGCCUGGCACGCGCUGGGUUGGCAAUGACGACAUCUCGACAGUGCGCGUCUCGAGGGACCAGGGAAGGACGUGGGCCGAGACCGAGGUCCCGGAUAGCUACGGGGCCGUGCACAUGGGCAUUCGGCAGCUCAAAGACAAGACCUACUUGGGUCUUUACCGCAGCCGAUGGGCCGACAACGUAUACCUGUCCAGGUCGAGCAACGGCAUCGACUGGACCACCCCGCGACCGACCGAGCUCCCGAACCCCAAUGCCGGCAUCUGCUUCGACGUGCUGCCAUCUGGCCGUGUCCUGGUCGUUUACAACCACUCGUCCAAGGCAGAUGCACAGGGAAGGCGCGAAGGUCUCUAUGACGACAUUGCCGACGCCGAUGACAACCGUAAAAACCAGGACAGCCGGCACGCCGGCCGGGAGGCCUUUUGGGGUGCGCCAAGGGCGCCGUUAUGUUUGGCAUGGAGCGACGACAACGGAAGCUCAUGGAAGACGCGUGUGCUCGAGGAGCGUGAUGGCUUUUGCAUGACCAACAAUCGCGAGCAGAAGCUGAACCGUGAGUUGUCGUACCCAAGCAUGGCGAGGGCGGCCGACGGAUCUAUGCACAUCGCCUUUACCUUCUGGCGGCAGAAGAUCAAGCAUGUUCCCUUAGGUGAUUGA